AACUGCAACAAAACUACGAAGAGUGGAGCUUGUGUUGAGGAGUGAGUGAGAGAGAGAGGCCGCCUGCGUGAGUGAUUGUUCAAAUUGCUACAUUCCUGACAGCAAUUAUAUAGUUUGGCGGUUCAACUCUUUAACCGCUUAACUUAAUUCUUAGUCACCCUGCCAAGGAAAGCAAGCCAUCAUCCUUUCCACUCACAUAUUCUCUUUUGUGGAUGGGUGUCUUCCGUUACCAAGAGGACAUAUUUUAGUGCCAUUUGGGGUUCUUUUGCGAAGAAUAUUUCUACAUCUGUUUAAAUCAAGACUAAAUUACAUCCUGUCUCGGAGAUUGCAGUGACGAUGUUUUCAUCAUCGCCGCCCGAAGAAAGCACCAUGCGUCGUUCACCUCAUAAUUACUUGGAUUGUGAACGUUCUGCUGAACAUAUUGAACUCACGGAGCAACUUUGUAAAACCCUCUAUUAUGGUAACGGCGCUUCAACAGAUUACCCCUCAUUACCCCUCACAGAAAUUGCUGUCAAAUUCUUUCAAGAUGCUGCUCCACGUUCUCUUGGGAAAGUGGAUAUGUUUCUGGCUUCUUCAAUGACAAAACGUGCUCCUAUGCCACCAUGCUCUGUGAUGCUUGGUAUGCUCUAUGUGAAACGACUCAAAGAGAGAAACCCCGAAUAUUUGAUGCAAAUUUCCUCCGCUGAACUAUUUUUGAUUUCGAUGAUGAUGGCUUCCAAAUACUUGUAUGAUGAAGGACUUAAUGAAGAAGUUUUUAACGAAGAAUGGGCAGUUCUUGGCAUGAUGGAAACUGCUGAAAUGAACCAACUGGAACAACAUUUUCUAGCUGCUAUUGAUUGGAGACUAAUGGUGAAGAAAGAAGAGUUCAAUUUACUAUUGUAUUCAGUCGAGAAAAAGAUUGCCUUUCAUGAGGGCUUAAGGCGUGGCUGGUUGUCUUAUACUGACAUCUGGACCCUGGCACAAGGAACUUGUUACAGUGACUUGUGUAAACGCACUGGUCAAGAACUUUUGGAGAUCUUUGCUGCGAGUUCUGUGGCUUAUGUUGCUGGUGUGUUGACCCUUCUGGCAUCUUCCCUGUUAACAGUGUCAUUGACAACUAGGUUGACUGCUUUGAUUAGCCAUCCUGCAGCUUCCUCUUUGCUUCCUAAUCAUCACCUGUUGUUGCCUGAAUAUUGCCCCACUAAUCUAUAUGAGAUAGAUGAGGUAAUAUUUGAUCCAACACUUAACAUGGAGAGUCUGUAUGGCAUUGAAGAUUCUUUAGUUUGGAAAUCUUUGAUUUCCUAUGGUAACUUUCCAAAACAGAUAUCACUUAAAUGCAAGGCAGAAAAUGUUUGUCAGUUAAUCGGUGCCAGUGACCAGAGCAGUUGUAUUAGUGCAGCUACAUCCCCCCAGGUAUCUUUGAAUCAGGAAAAUGAAUCUGAAAUUUGGACUCUGCAAAAACUGUUGGAAAUGACUCAGGCUAGUGCUGUUAUGAACAACAUCCAGCAAAGAAAGAGUGGUGAGUCACAAGAUAGAAUAUUGCCUGAAGAUAACAUUCCUUCUGAACAACCACAAGAAACAACUUUGACUGCUGCUGAUGAUGGUCAUUUGUCAAGAUUAGUGCCACAUGUGUCUAUUAGUACUGCAUUACUGAAUCUUGCUGCUUUGUUUUCACUGAAAUCACCAACACCACAUGAAUUUGACAAGGAAGUUGGUCACUGCAAACACUGUCGAAGCCAUCACCAUUCAGUAUCUUCUCCAAAAGUUAAUGCAUCCUUUCCACGAUGCCAAAAAGAAGCUGCUCAAUCGAUGAAAUGCUCUUGGUCUCAAAUUCGAAGCUGCUUAAGAUCUCGAAAGUCUCCUGAAAACGAAAGUCCUUUAAACUCUGAUUCUGAAAAUUCUUCCUUACUCACUGCUUUUGCUUCACUACCAACUUCUUGUCCCUUGACUGUUUCACCAUCUCUGUUACCAAAUUACCAGCUGAAUAACCCUGUCUUAGACAUCCCAAAUUCUUCUCAAUCUUUUGCAAGGUUAACACGCGAUGAAAGUUUCUCCAAUUGUUCUGAUACUGAUGGAGGGACACACAAUCGAAAUCAUGUCUAUGAAAAACAGAAGGAAAGCCCUUUGGCUUUCAAGGUUCCAAACUUCUCUCGUUCCUCUAUCCGGUCAUGUUCCAAUCUGGUGUCCUCAUCCCAUCUACGUCCACCUGGGAUCACUAAUUUAAUUAUUCAUUCCUGCUAGAUUAAAAUAGGAUAACUCUUGUGUCACCUUUAGCUAAACCCAACUAUUGGCUAUUUUAUAAUUUUCUAAUUAUUUUAUAAAACUCCUCCCUAUAUGUCACCCUGUUGAUCCUUCCCAGAAUUAUAAAUCUUCAGAUUGUCUAAGUGCCUUCUGAGAUUUUGAAUCCCAUACAAAAAGCAGAAAGGGAAAAAUAGCAUUACACUUGCUAUCUUUUUUUUAAAAGUGUGUUAAUGUUUUUCCUUGAUUUAAGAAUAUAGUAAUUAUAAGCAGAAAUAGAUAAGGGUGAGUUAGAUGCAUUUUUGUUAAACCUUACUCUUUUUUUUUUCCAUAUUCAAUAUUAUGUUUGUAUAUUUGUCAUCAUUUUAUUGGUUUGGUUUAAAAAAAAAUGGAGAAUAUUUAAGUUCUGUUUAUAUAUUCUGUUUGGCUUUUUGAAAUUCAUAACUGAAUUUCUGGGUUUGCUUUUUAUUUUUUAGAAAUCUGAUGACUUCAUAAAAUAUGAUUUACGACAGUUCUAUGUGUUAGGUAUGACCUUUAGUUGAUAGUGACAAAUACACAUACACCAAAACACAUACAUGCAUAUA